ACCGAGCAAGGCCUCCUUAGCAUCGAUGACGACGGCCACAGCGAGCGCACAUUGAGGCAAACGACAGCAACGACAGACGUAGCCAGCAGCCGCCGCCAGUGCUAAUCUGCCAUCCCGUGGAAAGUGAGUGUGCUAGAGAAAGGUGCUGUCCCCGCACCACCAGGUCCGGUCACCAUUUCCCGGCCGUGAUUAGAAAAGUGCCGCGCCACUAACACCAACACCGCGCUGUGUUCGUGUUAUCGACGCAAAUGCUGCUCGUCCGAUACCGCCGUACGCCCGUUGCCUAGCAGCGCUUCGCUGCCCCGCCUUGCCACACAGUUGCUGUGGCGGCACACACUACGGCUCUGUUUACCAUUAGGGACGAUGAUGGCCGACCCGAGCACAUCCUCACUUCCCUAAGUGCGCCAUUUGUUUUGCCGCCGCCGUGUACGCGAAACGCCGCGUACGGAGACGCGCUCGCGUGUGUGUCUACUAGAGUGUUUAGUGGUUUAGCUUACCGUGCAUUUGCGUUUGCUGCGGAAAAUCCGUGAUCCUGUGAAACACCUACACACUCUCGCUAAAAACGAUCAUCUCUAGCGCUGCGAGAGGAUAACCAACGGUGCUGACGGCGCGCCGUGCGCUUGUUUACGCGAAACUGUUUGACGCGCAGUAAGCCCGCUGCAAGCAACAACAACAGCAACAAAAAAGAAGCAAACGGGAGGACGGUGUAUUAGCUAGCGCGCGGGCGCCCCCCUUUUGUGCUUUGCGCAAAUUCGAAAGAAAUACCUGGAGGAGCCACCCCAAGUGAAAGUCUGCGCGCUCUCUGUGUGAUUUGUGAGUGUGUGUGUGUGUGUGUGUGUGAGGGAGUGGAGGAGGCAAGCAACCCGACCGAUCAUCGUGGGAGUGAGUGUGGUAGCAUACCCCCUGAACCCUCCUCCCCUUGCGGCCACCUCCUGCUCAUAGUGUGCAGGAGCCGCGUUCACGUGGCCGACGCAUUUUUUUGGUGUCUGCUGCAAAGUGUUUGACGCGUGCGUUUUUUUUAUUCCGGCGUUCGGGAGCGCAAUGAGCGAGAGCAGGCGGAGGGACAAUGACGCAAGAAGAAGUGCUGCCCCCGCCGCACCGGCUCGAGGCCUGCUGCCGACUGUGCCUGUCCGGCGACGAACCGCGUAGUACCAGCCUGUUCCUGUUCCCGGUGCCGCCGGGCCAUCCGGCUGGGCCGGAGGACCAUUCCCCGCCGUCGCCGUCGUCCGUCACCGAGCAGCGGCUACUCAUCGAGAUGAUACUGGAGUGCACCUCGAUUCAGAUAACCUUGGAGGAGGACUACCCGGCGAAGGUCUGCGAAAAGUGUGUCGAAACGCUAGACAAAUUUUAUCAGUACCGGAGGCGCUGUCUCGCCAACGAUCAGAUACUCCGCCUGGAGCGGUUACGCACGGGAGGCCAGCGGAAGCCGCCCAACAAUAACAAUAACAAUGAGGAGAAGGAGGAGGUGGAGGAGGAGGAGCAUCGGGGGACCGGGACGGCGUCAGCACCACCACCACCAGCCCUGUUGAUGCACCGGCCAUCACCCCCCAUUAGUGAAAGCAGUCACCAGCCACCGCCACAGCAUGCGUCAGCACCGGUCAUGGCAGUGCCAGCGAUUAGGAUUAAGAGUGAACCGCGGGGAGAGGGUGCACAGGAGGAGGAGGAGCAGCAUCCACCGGCGGUGGAAACCGACCCCCAGCCGGCUGCCCUCUGCACGGACGGUGGCGGCAUGUCGUCGAUUUUGCGCAGCAUUUUGCUGCAAACGCGCGAUUCCACUACGAGCCGAUCGUCCCCGAACACGGAACCGGAAUCACCGCGGCAAACGCCCCAACUGCCGCCCCACCCUGUCCCACCGGCGGGGGACAACCAGCAGCAGGCCGAAGAGCACGAAGACGAAGAGCAAGACAUUAAACCCUCGCUUUUGCAGCAGAUGCUGCUGCAGCAACAGAGAGUCUCCUCCCCUGCCAACCGGUCGCCGGCGAAAGCGGCGUCCGACAACAACGAAGGAGGGGGCGCUUUGUCGGGGAACAACUCCACGGGCAGCUGCACGUCCGCCUCUACGUCCUCGCUGCUGAAGCGCAUGUUGCUCGAUGGCAGUGGGACUGCUGGGAGUGCCCCAGCGGAGCAACAAGCACCACCACCGACCUCGGUCUCACCGCUGGAGGGACCCAGCGGUCAGCCACCACACCGCAGCACCUCCACGCAUCAUCUGCGCACCACCAAACACGAACCUCCGAGUGCCACCAACACACCGUCACCGCCCGUCCAGCGAGCGAAGGACGAUGUGCCUACGAACGAAACGCCCCUCGCAUCGCAGCUCCGUUCGAUACUGCUCCAGCACCGGGCACCACCGGACUGGGAGGGGACCACAACACGCACUGCCUCGAUGUCGGACGCUUCCCCGGAGCAGCACCCACCGUCCGCGCAGGAGCGCAGCACAAAUGCAAACAGCGCCGGAGAGAAGCCGGAAGUGUCGUACGUGCGAAGUUUGUUCCUGCGUAACGAUUCCGACUCGGAGAGCGAACCGCCACCGGUCGAGGAUCAGCGCGAGAUGCUGCUGUACGCAAUGUUCCAUGAGCUGCGGACACGCCAACAGCAGCAGCAGCAGCAGCAGCCACAACAUCAACACCAGCAGCAGGCCGGUUUCUCGUCCGACUCCGAUGACGAUUCGGACGAUCUGCCACAGGACUAUCGGCUGCCGAGCGUGCGCCGCCGCAGCACGGACUCGGUCGAAUCGCGGCCCAAGCGGCGCCGGAUGGAGUAUCCCUGUCUGCUGUGCGGGCGAUCGUUCGCCGGCAAGACGAGGCUGGUGCUGCACAUGCGCACCCACAUGAUGCUGGACAGCGGCGGUGCGGAUGGAUCGACGCUUUCGAGCGGAGGCGGAGCGGCCACUAUAUCCCUGCCGGCCGUUUCCCCUGCUGCCAUCGUUGCUGCCGGCGGCGGUGUGUUGCUGCCGAACGGGAGCGGUGGUGGUGCUAGCGAUGUGGAAGAUAUUGCUGGUCGGUUGCUCUCGGCACAGCAGCAACAGCACCACCACCACCACCAUCGACACGAGGAUACCGGCGGCUUUGGCGAGAGCAGCGUCGGCAAUGAGGACGAGAUCGAUGCGCUUGAGCGGCGCUCGUACGCGUGCUACAUCUGCGGUGCGGACCAGAACAACCUGGCGCAGCUGAAGGAGCAUCUGCUGGCGGCGCACCAGGACCGGAUACGAUCGCGCGGCCGCACGCGCGAACGGCAGAAAGCGUCGAUUGCGUGCGAAAUCUGCCAGCGCUCCUUCCGCAGCCAGUUUGCGUACGGCGAGCAUAUGCGCACGCACACCGGGGAGCGGCCGUUCCCGUGCGAUCAGUGUGAUAAGCGGUUCCCGCGCCGGUUCCAGCUGCUCGGCCAUCUCUAUAACGUGCACAAGCAGUCCUGGGUGGCGGACGAGUCUAAAGCCAAGUUUGCGAAAAAGUAACCCCUCCUUCCUUUUCCACUCCCUGGUAACCGUCCCACCACCACUCCACGUCGCCUUCCGUUCCGUUUCCGGAGCGUUGUGUGUGUGUGUGUUUGUGUUUGUUGCGGUCUUGUGAGCAAAAACAAACAGCCAAACAAGCAAAACUACAACACAGAAAACGAAUUUUUACUAUGCCUUAGCAGUUUUAGGACAGAUUAUUAUUUUGUUUCUCCUUGUCUAGUUAGUGCUGUAGAUGUUAGGCAGAUGUCCGAGACAUGUGCUUUGUUUUGUUCUUAGUCGUAAUUGUUGCUAGUUAUACAGAAGGAAAAUAUACUUAUACACGUAAUAUUUUUAACAAA